AUGGCUCCCGUGGAGCGUGAAGCUUCGAGAGAUGCGGAUCGCCCGCUGAGACAUCAGCAUUCAAUGUCCUCUGAUCAAGGCAGAGCCCUAGUACCUAUGUGGGAUAGCUCAGAUCCCGACAGGGCACCGCCGCCCUUGCCCUUGAAUCCGCAGUCGCCCGUCACAACCUCUAGAAAAGGGACAUCGGCUGCCAUCCAGUCUGCUCAUGCGGCCUUGACUGAAAGAGCGCGCGAAAGCGCCAUGGUCCCUGGCCCGUUGACGAAGCGUAGCACCGACAUCUCACCGGAGCGCUCUCUUAUCAAAGGAUCCCAUCAUAAGCGAAUGCAGUCGCUGCAACCAGGAAGCGUCAGGGACCUUAGCUUACUUCUUGAGAGUGGUCAGCAGUCCAACCCCCCGUCACCGACAAAGUCUCCCGAGCGAACGACCCGACCCUCAACUCCUGGAGCCAACAGAAGGGACAGCUUUGCCGACUCGAGGAGAGACAGCUUCGCAGAUAGCAGAAGGGAUAGCUUCGUUGACUCGAGACCGACGGAGAGGGAGGCCACAACACCGUCCUCAGUCACGAGCCAGACGCCAGCUGUGCGCCCGGCGAUCAAGAGACAACAACAGAGUAUCUUGGGCGAAAACCCUCCUCCACAAUCUGCGACCAUGCUUGCCAUACAGAAUAUGCCGCUUCAGGUCCAACAAGAAAAUGAGAACGCCCUUGGAAAUGUAGCCAGCGGCUCCAUCAACGCUGUCGUAAGAGCUCCUCAGCAGGUCGAGGCUCUCUCGGGGCAGAUCUUGAGUCUCACCAGUAUUGCCACAGCUCUGCAAAAGGACAUGGCCCAACUGAGUCGACGAAGUCGGGACAAUGCGACUGACUUGCUGAGCCUGAAGGAGGCCACCAAAGCCCGGGACGAGGAUAUUCGCAAAAGCCUGCGCGAACUCAUCAACAAUGCUCAGGACGCCGCCGCAAGCAGCAGGCCGAGCUCCCGAGACCCCUUCGUCAACAGCUUGUUCCUCGAUAGCAAGCCUCACCACACGUCUCCACCCCCGAGCAAGACCGCCCGCCCCUUUUCCCUGCCCAGAAUUCCAUCACCCAACAGCUUUGCAGCAUCAAUCGACCGAGACAACUUGAGCACGCCCUCACUAUGCAACUCAGAAUCUCCGGCCACAAUAGCCAUACUUGACAAAAUCAUCAAAGACAUGGGCACAAAGGAGGGUCACGACCUUCUUCUUGCUCGUUUGACAGACGUUGCCGAGAAGCUAGCUGGCGUUGCCCCGGCAUCGAAAGUAGAUGAGCUCAUUCAGCUCGUCAAAACCAAGUCGGACGAUGCUAUGGUAGCCCGAGGCGGUGGCGGUGGAGGGGACGGCAGCUCUAAGCGACCCCGCGCAGCUGGCUUCGACGAUGAUUCUAACAGCAUGGACUUCGACUUUGACCCCGGAUACGCCAGUCAGCUGACCCAUCGAUCCGAGAGAGCAUUGCACAAUGAACCUUCCGCACGUAACGCGGCCCUGUCCGCUAACGCCUCAGAGCUUGUCAGCGACGAAGUGCUCAAGAUUAUCCGCACUGUCAAGGACAGCGUUGCCCAAGGAGGCGGCUUGACUGCAGAGGUAAAGGCUCUAGUUCGUGAGCUUCGUGGCGAGGUUCUGGGCAUGGGGAGGGAGAUCGGCAGGAGACUGGACGAAGUCAAUACACAGCCCAUGUCUGCCGAGCCAUCAGCCAACAACGAGAACAUCUCAAGGAUCGUCCACGAGGGUCUCGAUCAGAUGAGAGAGCACAUGGAUGAGCUUCUCCGUGAGCACCGCCGCCAGUCUUCUGCCUCUGCGUCGUCAAGAGCAACCGCGGUUGACUACCAGGAAAUUUAUAACGCCAUGAGAGCGGCACUCCGAGACUCGCAGGCCUCGCAGCAGAAAGAGCCCGAUCUACGCCGGGAAGAUGUCAUUGAAGCUGUGAGGGUUGCCUGGGAGAGCUACAAGCCAGAGAUCGAAACCCAUGAUCCGGGACUCGGACGAGAAGAGAUCUUGGAAUAUCUCAAGGAGGGCCUACAGGACUACGUCGGCCAGGACGAACAACCUGUUGGAGCCUCUCGAGAGGAGGUAUUUCAGGCUGUGGUCGAAGGUCUCAAGCACUUCUCACCGCCGCGCGUGGAUACGCCCGCCAGCCUUUCCCGGGAUGAGAUUCUCGAAGCUGUCCGCGAAUGUUUGGAGGAGUUUGAGUUUCCUGUUGCACCCUCGGCGUUCACCCAGGAACUUACCCGCGACGACAUGCUUCAUGCGGUCAAAGAAGGCCUGAGCGGAUACGAUCUUCCAACCGCCGGGGCUCUUGUCCCUCACCAACACAACAACGAGGAGAUCGUCACUCGACUGCAGGAUAUUCUCGAUUACAUGCGUGGCGAGUUCCGCGCUGUGACAGAUGAUGCGAAGCGAAAUGCCGCAGCCCACGGCCGUGACACGGAGCACAUCAUCGAUACCACGAAGGACGGACUGGAAACGUUGCGUGCCGACAUGCAGGAGUACAUCAGCCACCUAAGCGGCACUUCCGGGCAAGAAGAGGUCACGCAGACCUUGCUUGGAACUUUGGACACCUUCAGGGACGAGAUGGCUUCGCUGAUCGAUCGUGUCUCGAGCGAUUCAAGGUCGACGAUAGAGAGCCACAUGGAGUCACUGCGGGAUACUGUCAACUCCUCCAUGGUUCCAGCCACUCCACAAGUCAACCAGAAAGAGAUCAUCGAGGCUGUGCGAGAUGGCAUCGACAGCGUUCGUACUGAGCUGCGCCGACCUUUUGCUGGAGUUACCGACAUUCUGGACGCCCUCCACGAUGGCCUGACGGACCUGCGCAUCAGCAUCGACAAGGUUGCCAACCGGCCAGCGGACCUCACCGCUAACGACGAGAUUCUGGAUGCGCUGAAGUCCGGGCUUGACAAUGUUCGCUCGGAGAUUGAUGGUCUCCGGGAGCAACAAGACCAAAACGACAAGGCCUUGACAACAAUGCACGCUGGCGCCGUCGUCACAACAGAGAGUCUCAAACAGGACGACAUCAAAAACCUCGAGGUACUCAUCACUCAACUGCGCAUCAAGAUUGAGGCCAUGGAGCCUUCAAGCGUAGAUGCUGUGGCCAAGGGCGACCUUGCACGCAUGGAAGACAUGCUUCGCUCCUUGCAGGAGUCCGCAUCGAAGGAUGACAUUCUUCGUCUCGAAGACAUGCUUCGACUCGUCCAAGAAUCGGUCUCCAAGGAUGAGACUUCCCGUAUCGAGGAGGUCCUACUCAACGCUCAGGAUUCGGUGUCCAAGGAAGACGUGGCGCGCCUAGAGGAGGCAAUCCUGCACAUUCAGGAGUGGGUCAAGUCUAAAGAGAGUCCCGUCAGCACAGAUGCUGCCACAAAGGAGGAUGUCCAAGCUAUCGAGACCAUUCUGCGUAACACCAAAGGCCGAUUGGAUGACCUCAUUGAUAACGAACAGGCUGUGCGGAAGGAGCACCUUGACAGCCUCGAAAACACCAUGCUGGAAACCAGGGAGACUAUUAACCUCAUUACCACCCAAAUGGAUAGUCUCUCGAAGAAAGACGAUGUGACUGCCGUCGAGGCUCUCGUAACGCAGGUUGCCGCAGGCUUCGAGGAGAUGAAAGAGAGCGCCGCCAAACAACUUGAGGAUCCCGAGCGUGUUACCAAAACCGACGUCGAGGCCGUUGAAGCCGUUUGUCUCGACAUCAAGAACGUCUUUGACCAAAUGAUCAAGACAGACCUAGCCACACUUGCCAGCAAGGAAGACCUGAAAAAGACAGAAGCGGUCUUGGAGGAACUCAAGAAUCCUCUGGCGGGCUUGCAGGACGGACUACAAGAGGGUCUCAAGGCUCCGUUGAAUGAGUUGAAGACCGAACUGAAGACGCCGUUGGAAGGACUGAAAACUCCGCUUGAGGAUCUCAAGGCCAGACUCGACGCCCUCAUCGAAUCGCAUGACCAAGGAGGCGAAGACCGACAAGCCGAGAUUGUUGGCGUCAGCGAACGAGUCACUGAAGUGAAGACCUUCCUUGAGGAGUUUCAGGGCCUGAUAAAGAGCAAGCUCGAAGAGGGUGCCACAGGAAUCGAAACGCUUGCAAAGCUUUUCGAAGGCGUUUCAACAACCGUGGAGAACAACGCGACCGUCGGCCAGGAGCUGAGGGACCUCACCGACUUGAUGAAGCUGGAAUUUGAGGAGUCCAAGGCCGGUAUGGUCGGCGCCAAGUUGGAGUCAGACGAGAAGUUCCAGCAGACGACCGAAGCGCUGGCCACCAAGAUCGACGAGAAGGUCGCGGAGCUGAUGACCAAGUACGAUGAAUUUCACGUUGCUCUUGACGACCGCGCAAAGGCGGGAGAAGCCCGGGAUGCCAGCACUGAAGAGGCAGUUUUGGGCACCAGAGCCGUGGCCGAGGAACUCAAGUCCCUCGUCGAUACGCUUGGCGCUGCAGUCACCGACUCCAUGGAAAAAAUGGAGGAGGCGUCCAAGACAGUGUUCACCAAGGUUGAGGACCUCAUGACCAAGGCCGAGGAGAACCACACGGACGGCAAGGCAGACCACCAGCAGACUCGGGAUCACUUGAAGCAAGCUGUGGAGGCCGUUGAAGGCCUCCAAGGGCAGGUCGGAGAAAUUCAGCCCCAAAUCCUCGAGUCCGUCAAGGACAUCUUGACGAUUGUCGGUCAGCACUACGACUACGCCAAAAUCUCAACGAACGACAUUCAGAGAACCAUCGAAGACGCCAAACCAGUUGAGCUGGCACUCCCGCCGAUCCCCGAAAAGUACGACGACGCCGGUGUCCACGAGAAGCUCGACAAGCUUGUCGAGCACGCUGCGGUCCCGGUCGAGAAGUACGACGACGCGACUGUCCAGGAGAAACUGGACAAGAUUGUCGAGUAUACCUCGGUACCCGUGGAAAAGUACGACGACACUGGCGUCCACCAGAAGCUUGAUAAGCUCGUUGAGCAUUCUCAGGUACCUGUCGACAAGUACGACGACGCACCGGUGCACGAGAAGCUCGACAGAUUGGUUGAGCAUGUUUUGACUCCCAUUGAGAAGUACAAUGAUGCAGUGGUGCAGGAGAAGCUAGACAAGCUUGCCGAGCAACAGGCGCUGCUGCCAGUCGACAAGUACGACGACGGUAUCGUCCAGGAGAAACUUGACAAGCUUGCGGAACAACAAGCUCUGAUCCCGAUCGACAAAUACGACGACGCAGUAGUCCAGGAGAAGCUCGAUAUGAUUGCUGAACAGCAACUAUUGAUUCCGACCGAGAAAUACGACGACGCUGCGGUCCAGGAGAAGCUCAACAAGCUGGCCGAACAGCAAUCGCUGAUUCCGACCGAGAGGUACGACGACGCAGUGCUCCAAGAGAAGCUGGACCAGCUUGCCGAAAAGCAGUCUCUGAUCCCGACUGAGAAAUACGACGACGCAGUUCUUCGAGAAAAGCUGGACAAGCUUGCUGAGCAACAGGCGCUGGUCCCGACCGAAAAGUACGACGACGCGGCCGUCCACGGGAAGCUGGACGAGCUUGUCGACCAUAGCCAUGCAGCCGAGAAGGCAUUUUCUCAGCUCGACACACUCGAGAAGGUCCAUCAACAGGUCAUCCAGACCGCAGCAGACAUAUCCCUUUUCCUAUCAAAUCAAACCAAGAAAAUCAAGGAGGAGGAGGAGGACCGAGAGCAGGCCCUACAGGAAGUCACUCUUGACUUGGAGCGGAAACUGACUCUCAAGGAGCAAAUCGAGUCAAGCCUGCUAGAUCUGAAGCAGGAAGAAGAAAGGCUCAGAACUUCUGUUGUUGGGCUUCGUACGGAGCAAGAGAGCCUCAUCCGCCAGAAGACAAGGCUGACGGCCGAUGUCUCAUCCCUUGAGACCGCACUGCAUAUUCGUCGGGACGAACUCCACGACAUGGAAACUCGUGCCGAAGGCUUGGAGCGGCGCAUCCUGGAGGGUGUUAUGGACCAUUCUCGAGUCCUCCUUAUGUCCAAGGCGACCAAGGGCCGCGACGCUAUGAGCCGUAAACGUGUCCGAGACCAGAAGCCGGGCCAAGAGAAUGGGCCUCCCGAGAAGCCUGCAUCGCCCGCCGUCAACUUAGCGCUCUCUGCAAAACGCAACCUAAAGCCGCCUGCGCAGACGGGCGCUGCACGCCGCAUCCUGUCCCUUAGUCAAAUCACUAACAACGUCCCGACCGGCGGUGUUCAGCGCAGCCAAAGUGUGAGGACUGCUGGAGCCAAGGGUCAUCGAAAGUCCAGCUGGGCGGGUGGCUUUUCCAAGGGUUAUGGGGACCUCGACAAGGAGAACAUGUCAUUGAAGGAGACUGAGGAGGAAAAUUUGCCGAGUCCCGCGCCGGUGCCCGUGUCCCGUGCUGACCCGGUCGAUGUGGCAGAGUCUCUGGUGGGCAGUGAUGAUCCGAGCGACACGGAGACCUUGCGCCGUAGCAGUCACGGCAGCCGGGUCAGUCGUGGUAGUCGCGGCACGACGGUCGUUACCGAAAGCACCGACAACUACACUGGUGACGGGGACUACUCCGACUACUACGACGACAACCAGAGCGACCUGCAAAGCGAUCUCCAGAGCGAGUGGACAGAGAGCGUCGUGAGCUCAAACGUCAGCUCCAACAUGAGCUCUGAUCUUGGUUCAAAUCUGAGCCAGGAGACUCUCAACAAUGACGUCGUGCUGUACGGGGAAACGGCUUGA